GUGGAAAAGAAAAAUUAGUUAGCACUCCUUAUUUUCGCGAUAGUGAUGUGAAUUGAGGAAGUUGUAGCUAGCAAAAGUGGUAAAUCGUGAGAAGGAAUAACAGCGGACGAAAUGGCUCACUUAUUACGUGGAAAGUUUGGAUUCAAAGUAUCAGCCGGAGGAUUGCGACCUGCAGUCUUGAGCUUAAGUAGGGUCAAUUUUACAUCGUUUAAUGGUGGAAAAUAUCAUCAGUAUGACCGGAACGAAAGGAUUUACAGAAAAAAGUUCCUUCUGGACGUUAAUAAUUUAUCACGACCUUUCGUCAUACCACGUCGAAGUUAUGGAAUGCUGAUAGCAAGAGCUGUACGAGGAGUUUUGAAGAUCCGGUAUCUGUUGUUAGGUGGUGCCAUUACAGGAGGAAUGACGGUUAAUAAAAAGUACGAAGAAUGGAGAGAUGGAUUGCCGGAUUUAAAAUGGUUAGAUGAAGUUUUGCCAGAUACCGAUCAGUGGAGAGCAUUUAAUAAGAAUCUGUCGACAACUUUAGCUUCCUUUAAGAAUAGCAUUCAAUUGGAUCCUCGUAUUAAGCAAGCCGGCGAAAAUAAAAUAGCAGAAUUGCGUGAUUGGUUUGAUACCAGAUUGGAAAAUGCAAUUGAGGCUGCCGAAGAACAAGAAAAGAAAGAAAAUGGAUUUGAAAAAACUGAACGUUCUAUUAAUGCUUUGAGAGAUUUUGUCGAAGCUGCAAAAACGGAAGUACUUAAAAAAGGAACUGUUCAAGCCAUAACAUUUGGAGGGUCAGACGAAGGUCGCAAAAAGGCUGAGACGUUGCAGCAACAAGUCGAUCAAUUGCAAACGGAAAUUAUGAAUGUUCAGAUCAAGUACCAGAAGGAGCUGGAAAAGCUCGAAAAAGAAAAUCGCGAUUUGCGCCAACAAUAUUUGCUGAUAAAAACAAACCGAAAAACGCCACUGAAAAAAAUCAAAAAGUCUCUCAUCGACAUGUACUCGGAAGUCCUUGAUGAGUUGCAAGGUUACGACACGAGUUACUCCACCGCAGACCAUUUGCCUCGAGUUGUAGUUGUUGGUGACCAAAGUAGCGGAAAGACAUCCGUGCUCGAAGCAAUUGCACAAGCGAGAAUUUUCCCUCGAGGAAGUGGAGAGAUGAUGACGCGAGCUCCUGUUAAAGUAACGCUUUCCGAGGGGCCGUAUCACGUGGCGCAGUUCCGUGACUCUGAUCGCGAAUAUGAUUUGACCAAAGAGAGCGAGUUGGCGGAUUUGCGUCGUGAAGUGGAAAUUCGCAUGAGAAAUUCGGUACGUGGUGGAAAAACGGUGUCUCGUGAGGUCAUUUCGAUGACGGUCAAGGGUCCGGGCUUGCAAAGAAUGGUUCUUGUGGAUUUGCCGGGAAUCAUUUCGACACAGACCGUCGACAUGGCUACAGAUACGAGAGACAUGAUCAAGCAUAUGACGGAACAUUACAUGAGUAAUCCAAAUGCCAUUAUUUUGUGCAUUCAAGAUGGGUCGGUUGAUGCGGAGCGCAGUAAUGUCACGGAUUUAGUUAGUAAAUGUGAUCCAAAUGGCCGACGAACGAUAUUUGUCCUCACCAAAGUAGAUAUGGCAGAAGAGUUGGCUGAUCCAGAUCGUGUCCGACGAAUUCUGUCGGGAAAAUUGUUCCCUAUGAAAGCUAUUGGGUAUUUUGCUGUCGUUACUGGUCGCGGCAGGAAAGACGAUCCGAUUCAGACAAUCAGGGAAUACGAAGAGAAAUUCUUCAAAACCUCGAAAUUGUUCCAAAGCUCCAAGGGAAUCAUGUCUCAUCAAUGUACUACGCGUAACCUGAGUCUUGCAGUUGCGGAUCGUUUCUGGAAAAUGGUUCGUGAGACUGUCGAACAACAAGCUGAUGCAUUCAAGGCGACCAGAUUUAACUUGGAAACCGAGUGGAAAAAUAGUUUUCCGCGUCUGCGAGAAUCCAGCAGAGACGAGCUGUACGAACGAGCCAAAGGAGAAAUUCUGGAUGAAGUCGUGAAUUUGUCUCAGGUGUCGGCGAAAAAAUGGGACGAGAUUCUCAAUGAAAAGUUGUGGGAGAAGUUAUCCAAUUAUGUGUUUGAACACAUUUACCUUCCUGCGGCACAAUCAGGGUCUCAAAGCACAUUUAACACCAUGAUCGAUAUUAAAUUGAAACAAUGGGCUGAUGAGGUUCUACCCACGAAAUCAGUCGAAGUGGGAUGGGAGGCUUUACAACGAGAGUUUUCGGAUCUCAUGGAAAAGGCCAAAAAGUCUCCGGAUCACGACGAUAUCUUUGACAACCUCAAGCAUGCCGUGGUAGAUGAGUCCAUAAAACGUCACAGCUGGGAAGACAAAGCCAUCGAUGUCCUGCGUGUGAUCCAAAUAAAUGCCCUGGAAGAUCGAAAUGUGCAUGAUAAACACGAAUGGGACACCGCUGUGCGGUUCUUUGAGCAAUCGGUGCGGGAAAAAUUGCAGCACAACGAGGGCACGAUGUACGAAAUGUUCGGACCCUCAACCACAGAAAGAUGGUUCAAGUGGAAAAACUGUACAGAGGACCAAAGUAAACGACGACAGGUCAAAUCGGAGCUCGAUCGGGUGCUGCAUAGUGAUGCUAAGCAUCCACCAACUUUGUCAUACGACGAAUUAACAACAGUGAGGAAGAAUCUGCAAACGAGAAAUAUUGAAGUGGAUACAGACUACAUACGAGAAACAUGGUAUCCAAUUUACCGCAGCCAUUUCCUCAAACAAGCUCUUUUGAGAGCAUAUGAUUGUCGUAAAUCGUACUACUUGUAUGCGCAACAAGGAACCGAUUGUGAAGUUAAUUGCAGUGAUGUCGUUCUCUUUUGGCGAAUCCAACAAGUCUUGAAAGUCACUUCAAACGCUCUACGACAACAAAUAAUUAACAGAGAAGCAAAACGACUAGAUAAGGAAAUCAAAUCAUUCCUUGAUGAGCUCAGUGAUGAUGACGACAAAAAAGUUCAACUUCUUACCGGAAAGCGUGUAGCUUUAGCGGAAGAAUUAAUUCGUGUUCGUCAAAUACAAGAAAAACUAGAAGAGUUUAUAAACGCGUUGAAUCAGGAAAAGUAACCCGAUGGUUUGGCUUCGCUCUUUUUUUACUCAAGUCCUUAGAAAUAAAUUGAGAAAAAUAUUAUACCUAAAUUAUUUUUCUUUUUUGUUGAAUUUUGAAAAGAGAAAGAAAUAAAAAUACUAUUGCGUAAAGUUAGA